GUGUAAACAAUCCUUUUUUUAUAAUAAAUAAAUAGUCCGUUUAAAUUGUAAAUGUCGUGUUAAUGAUUAGUGAAAAUACGAGAAAGUGCAAAAAUGUUGGCUUCUAAGACUUUUUAUCGAAAAACCAAGGGUGGUCACAUUUACAAAGUUGUCAGAGAACACUACCUGAGAGAUGAUAUCUGGUGUGGCUCAGAAGCUUGUGAAAAAUGUGGGCGUAGAAAGAAAGAAAUUUUACUUGACGAGGAAAAUCCUGGAGUGAAAAGCACUCUAUACCCACAUCCGUACUAUUUAAUUUUCGAUACAAAUAUUGUAUUGAAUCAGAUAAAUAUUUUAGAAGAAGAUAUUUUAUGCAAUGUUAUUAUUCCGCAAACUGUGCUCGAAGAAGUGCGUCACAGAAGUUCUAAUGUUUACAAAAAGCUCAAAGAGCUCAUUAGUGAUCCCAAGCGAAAAUUUUAUGUUUUCAUUAAUGAACACCACAAAGACACGUUCAUCGAGCGAAAGCCGCGGGAAACUCCAAAUGAUAAAAAUGACAGGGCAAUCAGAGCUGUGGCCAAAUGGUACAAUUCUCACUUGAGUGCGCAAAAACUUGAUAUUAAAGUUAUUUUACUGACUGAUGAUGAGGAUAAUAAGAACAAAGCUGCUGAAGAUGGAAUUCCUGUAUCUACAAUGUACGAUUACGUUAGUUCACUGGAAAAUGCAGGAUUUCUCGUUGACAAACUUAGUCGAAAAGAAUACAUAUUGGAUGGAGAAGGCAGAGCACCUCUUUUUCCCUGUCACUUGCCGCCAGCUCAAAUUCAUGAAGGAAUCAAGAAUGGUAAACUUAUUCAAGGCACAUUCUUGGCAUCAAGAGAAAAUUUUUUGGAAGGAAGUGUCAAUUGUGAAGCAAUGGAAAAAUUUAUUCUUGUGCAAGGAAGAGAAGGGUUAAACAGAGCAAUAGACGGCGAUUUAGUUGCAUUAGAACUAUUGCCAGAAAGUGAGUGGUCGGCCCCGAGUGACAUAAUUCUACAAGAUGAAACGGAAGACGACCCUGGUGACGUUAUAGAUGAUGAAAAAAUACUAGCCGAAGCCAAGCCAGUUGUUGCACAAGAGAAACAACCAACUGGUAAAAUCGUUGGCAUCAUCAGGAGGAAGUGGAGGCAGUAUUGCGGAAUAUUACAACGAAGCGCGCUCAAAGAGAAUACUCGUCACCUUUUUGUGCCAGCAGAAAGAAAGAUCCCCAAAGUCAGAAUAGAAACAAGACAAGCAGAAAGUUUGAGUACUCAACGUAUCAUAGUUGCGAUAGACUCCUGGCCGAGAAAUGCAAGGUAUCCGCUAGGACACUUUGUGCGAGCCUUGGGUACCAUUGGUGACAAGGACACCGAGAACGAAGUAUUACUUUUAGAACACGACGUGCCACAUAGCAGAUUCUCCGAGGAGGUCUCGAGUUUCUUGCCCCAGUUACCUUGGAUUAUCACCGAGGAUGUAAAAUUGGAAGAAAAUCUCGGCCAAUUGGAUUCAAAAAUGUUGGAACUGAAAUUCACGUUGUUUCCAUUAGCGUUGCUGACGUACGCAGACGUGAUAGUCCAUAGACUGCUCGCAGUUUGCGUGGGUGCGGACGCGACGUACCCCGACUUGCUCGACAAAAAGAAGAGUCACGCCCUCUGUCAUAAUCUCAAUUAUCGAAACCGAAUGGCUCAAUACGCCGGUAGAGCUUCUGUAGCCCUCAAUACUCACCUGUUCUUUAGAAAUAAGGUCCAGGAGGAGGAGGGCUACAUAUUGUUUGUUCGCAAAAAUGCCUUGCAAAUUCUUAUACCGAAAUUCGGUCUGGAGGGCAUUUUGUACUUGAGUAAGAAAGGCGAGACGUCGUCCGUGACAUUUGUCUACGACGAGGAAGAGCACACGCAGAGUUGGGGAAACAUCACUUUCCGUUCAUUUGACAAAGUCAUUGUACAGUUGAGCCUCGACAGAUCGAACGUUCAGCACGAAAAAUUGGUGUUCAAGCUCGUAAAGCCAGAGAUUCCAGGUUUUAGUAUUCCUUGUGCCGGGGAAUCGAUGGAGGUGUCCGAGACCAAGGAAGACCCUGCACCUACCGCUACAGAGGAGCCUGAGGAUAAUAUGGCUACCGGUACCAAAAGGAGGACACAGGAUAACGCCGAGGAGCCAAAGUCGUCGACUGACGGUAACAAAGGAAAGAAAAAGAGAAAAAAGAAAUACUGAGCUCAUAGUUUACACACACGAUUACUUGGUAAAUCUGUUUCAUAACGUUUACAUGUGACAUUGUGAUUUCAUGUAUGGGCUUGCUCCAGUGUUGAUCCUUUUUUGAGACAGGGACUACUUUAACGAUCGUUAAUAAAAAUAUCAUAGUAAU